AUGAAAAUCAACGCUAGCAUUGUUUUUUUAUUGGCGACACUGAGCCUUACGGCUUUUGGAACGCCUGUGACUGAUGUUUCGGUUGGAAGAAAAAAGGACUUGAACAAAAGAGCCCCCGCCUUUACAGACAUAAAGGAAUUUGCAAAAGACACUCUGUCUGGUAAACCAUCUUUUGAGAUCUGCAAAAAAUCCAAGCUUACCAAAGCUGAUGGCACUCAGAACAAGACGCCUGGUCCUAAAGGCCGUACCUGCGUAGAAGCUCAAUUGGGUGAAGUUCCGGAUAUUACAAAAAUGACUUCGACUAUCAUUGUUCAGCCCGAAAAUGGUCAGCGAAUAAAAGCCAAGAAACCAUUCCAGAUCAAAAUCUUGAUGAGCAAUAUCGAUCUCGGGAAUUUUGACAAUCCCGCUACUCAAUACAAUAUCUUCGGUCAGCAAUUGAACAAAAAAGGUAUUAUCAAGGGACAUUCUCACGUUACUAUUCAAGAUUUAGGCAACGGUAAGAAGCCUCCAAAUGCCGAGAAAAUUGACUUCUUCCUAGGUCUGAACGGGGAAGCUGAUAAAGGAUCGUUAUCAGUCACUGUCACUGAGGGUCUUUCGCCUGGAUUGAAGAGACUUUGUACAAUGUCUGGUAGCUUUUCACAUCAACCUUUGGUAAUGCCUGUUGCCCAACGAGGUGCUCAAGAUGACUGUAUCCGCUUUGUCGUUCAAUAA